CAUGGAAACGCGAGAGCGAGACAGUAUAUAAAGCACUCAUCAUGGUCAGCAGUACACAGUACACAUCACAUGCUUCCCCCUUCCACCAGCCUCAACAGGCAUGUACUCGCAAUCCUCGACAAAUGCAAUAACGUCAAUCACCUCAAACAACUUCAAGCCCAUCUCAUCGCACUAGGCCAUGGCCAUACCCACUUCUACGCCUUCAAGCUCAUUCGGUUCUGCACUGUACGCCUCUGCAAUCUUGCCUAUGCACGCCGUAUGUUCGACAAAUUUAGCUCACCUAAUAUUUUUCUUUACACUGCAAUUAUCAAUGCGUAUACUUCAGUACCCGACCACGUAUCGGCGGUGCUUCUUUACCGUGAUAUGGUUCGUGAAAACCGGUCGAAGCCGAAUCAUUUUAUGCUUUCGAUUAUAUUGAAGUCGUGGCCGGAGGUUUUGCCGAGUUAUGGGGUAGAAUUAGUGCAAACCCAGAUAAUGAAGUCGGGUUUUGGUGGUAACCCAGUUGUGCAGACGGCGAUUUUGGACGCGUACUCCAGAUAUGGAGUUGAUGUUGGUAGUGCGAGGAAGGUGUUCGAUGAAAUAUCCGAUAGGAAUGUGGUGUCAUGGACUGCGAUGAUUUCCGGGUACGCUAGAGCUGGGCAGGUGGGGAAUGCGGUUUUGCUGUUCGAGGAUAUGCCUGAGGGGAUUAGGGACACGCCGUUUUGGAAUUCUAUUAUUGCAGGCUGUGCGCAGAAUGGGUUGUUUUCAGAGGCUAUUGAAUUUUUCAGGAGGAUGGUUGUUGAGGAGGGGAUGGGGGCAGGAAAUAAGCCAAAUCAGGGUACUAUCGUCUGCGUGCUUUCCGCUUUAGGUCGUGGUGGAAUGUUGCAGUUUGGAAAGUGCAUUCAUGGGUAUAUAUAUAGGAGUGGACUUGGUUCCGAUUUGUUUGUUGUGAAUGGUUUGAUUGACAUGUACGGAAAAUGUGGGAGUUUUGAAAAAUCAAGAAUUGUUUUUGACAAGUCUGCUGAGAUAAAUUUGGCAUCUUGGAAUUCUUUGAUAAAUUGUUUUGCAUUGCAUGGUCGAAGUUGUGAUGCUAUUCGUACUUUUGAAGAUAUGCUGCUGUGUGAGGAUGAAGCAAAGCCUGAUGGAGUGACAUUUGUUGGUUUGUUGAAUGCUUGUACUCAUGGAGGAAUGGUUGUGGAGGGGCGUCGUUAUUUUGAUAUGAUGAUUAAGGAGUAUGGUAUUGAGCCUCAGAUUGAACAUUAUGGGUGUUUGAUAGAUCUACUUGGCCGAUCAGGACAAUUUAAAGAGGCUAUGGAAGUUAUGAAGGGGAUGAGAAUUCCACCUGAUGAGGUUAUUUGGGGUUCAUUGCUUAACGGGUGUAAGAUUCAUAGGCGCAUGGACUUGGCUGAAUUUGCAGUAAAGAAGUUGAUCGAUAUCAACCCCAAUAAUGGUGGUUAUAGGGCAAUUCUUGCUAAUUUAUAUGGGGAAAUGGGAAAGUGGGACGAAGCACAGAAGGUAAGAAAAAUAUUAUCUGAAGGGGAUGCUUAUAAAGCACCCGGUUGCAGUUGGAUUGAAGUUGAUAGCCAAGUUCAUAAUUUCUAUUCAGUCGAUAGAUCACAUCCCAAAAUGGAGGAAAUUUAUGGAGUUUUGGAAUGUCUGGUCAAUACUUCAAAGCUGUCAUAUGCCUCCUUCCAUCCAUAAAAAGAUGGCAGCCAGUAUAAUCCCCGUCCAUGUCAUUAUAUCAUUGGGGGAGUGGGCUGUGCACAUCUGGUUAGUCUCAGAGCUAUCUAUCAGUUAUUAGUCCAGUACUCCACAAUAUGUUUGCCUUCUCUGAGAUGGAUGAGCUAUUUUGCCAUUUGAACAUGUGGCAUAUGAAAAUUUUGUUAUUCACGGUGGAGGAUCUCUAGAGAGGUUUCUAUACACAACCAAGUUUACAAACUACAGUGAAAGCACAGAAAAUUGAGAUGUGUGUGUGCAGGACGACGUAUGAUAUGGCAAAAUAAUUUCCAGAAGCAGCAGAAAGUUCUGAUGUCUGAGUUGUGUCUAAGACACAUGAAUAACGGGAACUAUAGUAGUUCAGGACUGUUGCAUUGAACCCCCGCUGUGGGAUCAUACUACAGAGAUUUUUGAGCACUGUUUGCAGUUUUACCCUCAGGAGCUUCUUUACUUUGGUAUGGUGUAAGCUCGUAGCUCCCUCAUGUGGAUAAUAUCUGGCUGCGCAUCAUUGAGGCAUCAACUGCAAGGCAGCGUGUCAAAAGUAAGGAAGUUGUGCCUGCAGAAGAAAUAGCAGAGGUUGUUAUAUAUUCAUUAACUGCAGUUGACAAUCUGGUUUGCUUAAUUUGGCUACAAGCAUCAAAAUGGGUAAAUAAUCUUUGCCCAGGAGGUAUCGGGAGAUUGAUCUUGGGAGAACUGCCGGUUGCACACAAGAAGCCGUCAAAGAUGUAAGAACAGGAGGACCAUCAUUUCACCUGCUCGGAAAGUUUUCCCACUUCCUCUAUAGGAUGCUGGUUGGUUUUGCAAAAUUUGUUAUGCAAAUGCAACUUUCUUGUUGCAAUUUAACGAGAAAAAAAAGAGAGAAACGGUUCUGCUUUCUAGAAUUACAUGUUCAUACUGUGGAUUUGCACAUUGGUCAUGACAUCUCAGCUACUGUACAAUGUGUGAAGAACAAUCGAUACUAUUCGUUCAUUUUUUUACUUAGUAUCAUAGCCUUAAAAGUUAUAUUCACCCUAAAUCAAUUGUCAUUCUACCUUAUACUCAAUCUCAUUAGAUUAUUCAUUAGGUCGAGUAUAUUAUUAUUCCUAAUCCAUCAACCACAAUAGUCUACCGAUCCAUCAUAUAUAGGUGGUCUAUAUUAAGCGUGAAAACUGUUAAGUUCAAAUUAUUGUUCUGGGGCCUUGAUUACUAGUUCUAUUGCAAUCCUAGCAU